UCUCCUCACCCGUCCUCCCCUAAUAUUCACAUACGAUCCCUCAUUUCCCGCGCGCGAUCCGCCGGCGUCGCAUGAGACGCGCGCCGCAAAAUGGCUGGAAAGAAUAAGAAGAAAGGAGGGGGGGCCGCCAAGGCUUCCGGAGGCGGGGUGGCCGCUGGCGGAGGCGGCGGAAAGGACGGCGGACAGGCCACUCCGGGGAAGUCGGCUUCGGGGCGAUCGGCGGGAUCGGGGGAAGGGCCGGGCGUGGAGGAACUAUUCUCGAAGCUCGAGGGACACAUUCGCAAGAGCGAAUUUUCGCGCGUCGUGAAAACGGCAGAUGAGAUCCUGGCGGCGAGUCCCGGCGAUGCGGACGCGCUGCGGUGCAAGGCGGUGGCGCUCAUCCAGAACGGCAGCGUCGCCGACGCGCUCAAGCUGCUGCAGGCGCCCAACGCGCCGCCCGACAUGGCGUUCGAGAAGGCGUACUGCCUGUACCGGCUGAACCGCCUCUCCGACUCCCUGGACCUGCUGCGCUCCAUAGACCGCACGGCCGACACCCUCCAGCUCGAAGGCCAGGUGCUGUACCGCCUGGGGGACAGCGCCGCGUGCAUCUCCCGCUUCGAAGAGCUGUUUAAGAAGCACCGGCUGGACCAGUCCCAGCUGGAGGUUAAGACGAACGUUCUGGCGGCGUAUGUGAUGGGGGGGCGGAGCGCCGAGGUGAAGGGGCUCAUGGAGAGCCAGCUGAGGGUGGCUGCGCGGGACGCGUUUGACGUGGCGUACAACUCGGCGUGCGCGCUGAUUGAGAUGCGGGAUUUCCGGGCUGCGGAGGAGAUGCUGCUGCUGGCGCGCAGAGUGGGCCAGGAGGUGUUGAUAGACGAAGAGCUCUCGACCCAGGAGAUUGAGGACGAGCUCGCCCCCAUCACAGUGCAGCUCGCCUACACGCACCAGAUGCUGGGGCGCCGUAUGGAGGCCCUCGAGAGCUACGUCGCCUUCCUCAAGCGCAAGCCCGCUGACGCGCCCUCCGCUGCUGUCGCCGUGACCAACCUCCUGGCGCUGAGGGGCGCCAGGGAUGUUGUGGAUGGGUUAAAGAGGCUGGAUCGGGUGGUGGCAGUGAAGGAGAGCGAGGGGAAGGCAGGGAAGGAGGGGGGGAAGGGGGAGGGGAAGGGGGAGGGGAAGGGCGUGGAGGUGGUGUUUUUGGAGAACCUGGAGACGAAGCUGUCGCGCAAGCAGAAGGCGGCUGUGGUGCUCAAUAGGUUCCUGCUGCUCGUGGCCGCUAACCGGCUGGACGAGGCCCGUGCCUCCCUCCCCUGUCUGGAGCGCCUGCUACCCGACACCGAGGACCCCCUGCCGCUGCACGCGGCGCUGCUCAUCAAGGAGGGCCGCACCGACGCCGUGCCCUCCAUCCUCGCAUCCCUCGCAGCCGCCUCCCCCGCCACCGCACCUGCCGACUCCGGGAGCGAAACCGGCGGUGCAGCAGCAGCUUGGGGGGAAGCGGCGGGGGGAGCGGGUGCGGGUGCUGGGGCGGGAGCGGGAGGGGGUUACAGUCGCGUGCAGUCGGCGCGGCUGUUGUCGGCGCAGGCGGCAGCGAUGGCGGGGCAGUGGGCGCAGGCGGCAGGCGAGCUGGGGGCCGUGGAGGGCAUCCAGCACAGGCCGGCGGUUGUGGCAACGCUCAUGGACCUUAAGGAGAGAGCCGGGGACGUGGCGGGAGCUGAGGCAGUGGUGGAUGCAGCCGUGGAGUGGUGGCGGAACCACAUGGAUGUCUCCUCUGCCACCGAUCUUGCGUCUAUCCGCGAGUCUCUAUUGCGUGCAGCAGCGGAGUUCAAGGCGCGGCACGGGGCGGUGAAGGGGGCAGCAGAUGACUGGCAGGCGCUGAGGAAGAUGGCGUCCACCCAGACACUCAAGACGCAGGCGCUGGCGGGGCUGGUCUCCUGCACUGCUCAAGUUGACCCGGCUACUGCUGAGAAGCUUGCUUCAGAGCUGCCCCCAAUGCCCGGGACUUCAGGCCUGGACGUCUCAUCCCUCCUGCAACGCCCAGGCCCAUCCGCUUUCUCCCACUCUGCUGCCGCCGCCGCUCGGGCCGCCAAGCGCCCCGCUCCAGACGACGAGUCCGCUGCUGCCUCUGCUGCCGCCGCUGCCAGCGAGAGGGCCCGGGCCAAGAAGAAACGUAAGCGCAAGGUGAUUCUGCCCAAGGGAUUUGAUCCUGCGAAUCCCGGGCCUCCCCCGGACCCAGAGCGGUGGUUGCCGAGGCGAGAGCGGUCGAGCUUCCGGCCUAAGAAGAAGGAUAAGAGGAAGGUGGAUGUGCGGGGGGCGCAGGGAGCAGCGGUGGUGAAAGGGGAAAAGGCGGAGGGAGGGGGUGUGGUGGGGGGGCUUAGUGGGGAUGGUGAUGGUGGGAAGGGGGGAGGGAAGACAAGUGCAGCUGCUGCUGCCGCUGGGAAGGACAAGGGAGGGGAUGGAGGGAAAAAGAAGGGAGGGGGGAGAAAGGGGAGGCGGUGAGGUGAGGGGUGAUAGUCAGAGGGGGGAAGAGAUAAGAGGGGGGUAGGGGGGGUGUUGUGGGGGAGGUGUGGGAGGUGGGGAGAUUGGGAGAAGUGGGAAGAGUUGGGUGGGGAGGGCUGCUUUUUUGUCAUCAUUUUGUUGAUCCGAGAUGGAAGUUAAUGAAUGAAGGUGGUUGGAUAGGCUAGUCGUUCAUCAGUCAGCCAGGCUGCGAUGAAUACGUUAUUUCAGCCUAAAUGUUGUAGUAUUGCAAGGCAAUUGAUGGAAAAAAUAUUGACUUAAACUCGUCACUUUAUGUUGUGAUCUGGGCA